UACUCAAACUGUAUUUUAGAACUCUUUAAUUUAACUCUUAAAAACUCAAAUAUAUUUAAUGUAUAUCGAUGACAAAGUGUAGUAUAAAUCAUGAGAAAAUCUAAAAUGAUAAUUACGUGGCUAUGUUUUUUCAUGAUAACAUUCAAUAUUUGUAGCGAAGGGAAAGCAAAUGGAUCAUCAAGCAGGAAUAAAUCAAAAUCAUUAACAAAUUCACUGGUAUCUCGUAGCAGACAGGCCUUGGGUGCUUUGAAAAGAUUGCCAAACAAAAUGAAACCAUUGAUAACUUGGAUUCGAAAAUACAUAGAUUUCGGUAUAAAAUGUAAUCGUUUAUCGAAAUAUCAAGUCAUUUGUAGAACAAAGCUCACAAUAAAUGGUAAACGGGUGUUCAGUUAUAAUAUUUGGAAUAAAAUACCAGGCUUUUUAAAGAGACGUUUGAAAGACAGUGAAAAAAAACUACCGCCACAAGCAACAGAAACUACCAAAACAUACUAAUAAAGAAUAAUGACUUAAUACGAAAUAUUUCCAGGGUACUCGUUAAGGGUGAUAAUUAAAAUGUUCUUAUUUUGUUUAACUUUACCCAUAAUAGGUACUGAUUGUCAAUCAAGAGGUUUUACUACUAUUGUGAUCGUAGUAGAUUAUAACAAUUUUUAAUUCAUACUAAAUUAUUUAUUAUCAUUAAAUUGUUUUGUAUCAAGUAUCGAAUAACCAAUAAAAUUACAUUUCGUUUAAGUU